AGAAAAUGGCAUCACCCUCCGCUUCUGCAGACGACGUCAAACUGACAGCCGAUGGAAAGAUUUGUCUUGAUGAUCCAGCCGAGUUUCUGAAAAGAAAGCCAAAGAAGAGUAUUCUUAAGAUGAAACAAGACUCAUCGCUUGAGGGCAAAGAUGGUCGUGCACAUUUUGAUGAAAUGAAUAUUCUUGCCACUUAUCAUCCAACUGACAAGGAUUAUGGAAGCAUGAAGAUUGAUGAACCAAAGACCCCAUAUCAUCAUUCAGAUGGUGAAAGUGAAUGUGAUGAAGGAGUACUUGGAGUACCAACAACUCGACCACGACGAGUAUCACUCGGAAAUGCCAUUGACCCAGAAAAAGUGGCCGAAGGACUUGCUCAUCCGGAGAGUGGAAAAUCACUUUCUUCCGCUGAAGAUUCCGAGGACGAGGCUGAUUUGACAGAGGAACAACGUGCUCACCGUCGCGAUUUCGAGAAGAAACGACGUGCUCAUUAUAACGAGGGAGCUGCUCUGAAGCAUCAUCCAGAACUCGAAGAUGAUGAAGAAGAAGCUACUGCUGCUGCUGCUGGUGCCGGUGGAAAUAUGGAACACUAGCAAAUACAUUAAAUGCCGUGUGCAAUCAUAUAUUUUUGUUUUUCCUUUGAAUUGCUCUCUUUCUCAUUUUUUUCAAAGUUUCCACCAAAAAAUCUGAAUUCUUGUAUAAAAUCCUUUUCCCCCGUAAGCGAAUUUAUUUAUUAUUUGUUCUCUCAAUUUCUCAAUUUUCCCUACUAUAUUUUUCAAGUUUUCGAAAUGAAUAUCGAAUGAUCCAUGA